UAUAUAGUUACCAAUUCUCAUCUUUACUUCAUCACCACUUCAUUGCUAAAAAACACUUCACUCAAAACUUGCUCCUCUAUAAUUCCUUUGCACUUGUCAUCUAUAAUUCUUAAUCAGCUCGCACAAACUCCAACAACUAUGAAGAAAGUGUUGUUGAAAGUGGACUUUUAUAAUGAUAGAAUCAAGCAAAAAGUUAUGAAGACAGCAUCUAGCCUUCCAGGGGUUGAAUCAUUAUCAAUAGACUCGAAAGAGAAGAAAUUGACAGUAUCUGGGGAUAUUGAUCCAGUAAAGGUAGUGUGCAAGCUAAGAAAGUUGUGUCAAACUGAAAUAGUAUCGAUUGGACCUCUAAAAGAUGAGAAGAAGGAUUCAACAAAUACAAAUGAAAUUAUUCCACUUCAACACUUUGGAACCUAUCCAUUUUAUUAUCAGAUGACCCCACCACAAUAUUUUCAAAAUUACUACUACGUUUGAUGUGCAUAAUAAGAAAAGAAUCUUUUAUUGAGUUUGAUAAAAUACAUAUUGUGUUUUCCUUGAAUUUUAUUUCUACUUUAUAUGACCUAGAAUUGGAUUAUGCUUGUCUUCCUUCCAAAUCAUGAUAUUAAUAAGAUAAAAUAUAUGUAGUGUUUGAAACAUGUAAGUCCAAGCGGUGCUUCAAUUUUUUACUAAUGAGUAACUUGGUCAAUACAUCAACUAUAUUUUCUAAA